AUGGCUGCUCGAACAUUAGACAAAAUGCGCAAGGCUCAGUCCCUCCUUCGCGAAUGCCAUGACUGGUUUGUGGAAAAAGACGAGACUCUGCUAGCAGUGGAACUGUGCCAAAUUGAAGGCAGCCUUGCACUUUUCUUCGAGAACAGAUGUUUUGCAAAUACGCCAUGCCCUGGACUUCAACAGGAGGAACUUCCCCGCCUUCCCCCAUAUAAUGGGUACAAGCGCAGAAUCCGCCGCGGAACCUACAACGGCUACCGCAGAGCCCCUCCAGCCCCUCUAGCUCCUCCAGCCAACAUGGACAGGACGGAAGCCUCCACAGGUCGCGCCGGCGGCGGACAAAAUGUCCGGGCUCAGCCAACAGCAAGUACCUCUAAGGGAAUAGUGAGCAAUUCAAACUGCCCUGGUGCUAUCCCAAAGGCCCCUCGAGCUCUCUCCGCCGUGACACGAGUAUCGCCACCAACAGGUGUUCUCUUGGAUUUCAACGAUGGCGUGGAAUGCGUCCAACUGUCACCAAGUGUGGUAGCCAACAUGGAAACAGCACAGAAAGCCAAUCUCGAGACAAAAGGAAGGGAGCGCUUAUCAGGGGGCAGCGAUCAGCCAGCUCCGGGGGUCGAGGUCCGGCUGGACGGUGACGAUAAACCCUCCCACAAGACCAUUGUCCAUGUAGCCCAUGCUGCCCCAGCAGAUCCAGGCACUCCUGCCAGCAGUCACUGUUCUCCCCCAGCGGUUGAAGGUGUUAUCCCAAUCUCGUCCCGGUCAUAUCUGCCAGGUUCGCCCGCAUGCGACUCCCCCGAGGACGGCUUACCCCAUACAUCGCAAACAUACCAGCCGGUCAAUGGAAUCAACGGGAGCGAAAAAUGCAAUUUCAAGAAUUGUGAGGAGUCCCCUGUGCCGAUCACCACAGGAGGUGCCACCGAAGGCAUGUUGGUUAAUCUUGACGACGACCUGGCCGUCAUCCUUCCAGCUGGAACUGACGCCGGCACCGACAGCACUAUUCAUUCAGAAGAAAAGGAUGUUCUUGCAGUUGGCCUUGGUUCCGGAGUUGAGCAGAAUCAUCAAUCAGAUGAUUCGGAAGAUGAUGAAAUUGUUUUCCAGGGAAACGCAGAAAAGGCCCUCCGUCCGGAUUUCAAAGCCUUGUUUGUCAGUUCGGACGAUGACUCUCAAACCGAUGGUCGCCUUAUUGAUCUCAAAGCGAUUUUCGAGAAAUAUUCUGAGGUAGUCAUCUGCAAAUGA